UUAAUUUCCAAGAUUCGUGUCGACGAGAGACUUGCAUCUACAAUGUCGUCGCGUCGUUGUAAGCAAUCGUUCGAAAGCCAGCGCAAACAAAAUGUUUAAACUAUCGUUUGAUUUGCUUUUGUUUCGACAGAAAUCCUCCGAUGUUUGCUUCGUAUCGCGUUUAUACCCGAUUUACGGAACAACAUACUAUCGACUCCAGCUGACCCACUUCUUCCAUUAAUUAACGCUUUUCUUCGAGAGUUGCACGAUGCAAAACUCUCCACGAUGUUGCAAAUUGGGGAAAAGAGAAACUUGUAAUUUAAAUAGAAGCGUAAAAUUGUUUUACAUUGCGUUACAGCGUUACAUAUAUAGUUACAUCAAUAACUGCUUCUUUCACGCUCGAUGAUAGCCUCGGAUCUUCCACGGUUCGUGGAUAGAUCGAGGAAACAGGAUUAACGAAAAUGGUGCAUCGGAUCCGACUUAUUAAUUUUCCCAUAAGAAUCGAGCACCAGUUCUCUUCUCUUUGAGACUGUUAUUCCCGUAGUGCACAGCUAGUCGAGACUCAUGCGAUUCGUACGCGCUCGAAUGAUCGCGGAAAAAGUGAUUUAGCAUCCGCAAUUGCGGAAGAACAACAUUUCUCAAAGAUUAUACGAUUGUACACAAUUACACGUUUCAUCGAUGUCGUUGCUUAAGACCUUGUCGUUUAACAAUUAGAAGGUACGAUCGUGAUGACGAUAGAAAAUGACGGAAAAGUUAAAGAUAUAGAUGACCUUGAAACGCUCUUGAUAUUUUCUACCUGUGUUAGAUACAUUCUACUACUGUUAUCGAAAUACAAAGAUAAAAGCAAAAUAAAAAUAUUUUCAUACACGAAUAAAAAUAGAUCUCCCUAUAUAGCCGUGUCAAACAAUCGGAGAAUCCUAAUUAAUCGUACGGUAACUGGCUCGGGAUCGUUUUACGCUCUUUGCCCGAUUUCCACUCGCAGUUCACUUUCUCCUCGAACAUUCGUGACAAAAGAGCAGGGACCAUUGUUCAGGGAAAAGAUUCAAAAUGGUCCCGGAAGGCCGCCCGACGAAUUGAAAGUAAUACGGAUUGAUUUAACACCAAUUUCAUCCAGGUAACGAACGACAAGGGGUCGGGAUUACAAGCUCGACGAGAAGGUAGGGAGCGUGGUCGAAGUGAAUGGCUUUCUCAUCGGAUCCGUGGAUCUUCAGUAUUCCUGGUUCCAGUCGGACCGAUGGACGGUCUCCUCUCGCGUGCUAUUUGCUACAUCGGCCGGAUCGGUCUGCUCGAUGUUCGAUGUUCGAUCGUAACUGAGAAACUUGCGACGGGACGAAAAAUUUAGUGUUCGAACGUCCGGCUCGUUUUCUGCCAACUGUAACCAUGAACGCGGCAACAAUCUUGUUGGUCCUCGUGAUAGGAUUAGCCAACGGUCAAUUGAAUUUCGAGGGUAACCCGCUGACGGAGGAUACCGAGUACACGGCUGUGGAAUCACGAUUCUCCGAAAAAACUGCAGGACGACAGGAAACCACAGUGGACGUGAUCGAUGCUUCGGCAGAAUCUCCUCAAAACAUUCAUCUACUAUUCUCGGACGUAAAAAACUCAUCCCAAUAUGCAAAUCCGAUAAAAACUUCCAUCGAUGAUCAUCCAGUGAAUCAUACGUGGUCGCACCUUGAGAAGCAACAGAGGAUCGUUCAAUCGGGUCGUCAUCUGUCUGCGAAUACGUACAAUCAAGGAAUCGCCUCCGUCAACAACGUUGAAGUAGCCUUGAACUCUUUUCUUAAUUCGAAGACGCCAGAGGAAUCACGUCUGUCUCUGGACCAUUAUUUACAAAGCCGAGAAACCCCUCAGAAUGCCAAAGCAAUAAUCGCCAAUCAGCAGCAAUUAACGCAACAGCCAGUAACACGUGUUAAUCAGGAAACCGUGUCUUCUCCGGUGAACCAACACUUGACUGCGCAACUCAUGCAACAAAGGCAGGCGCCGCACACUUUUCCAGUUGGCCAACCAGCUAAUCAACCGACCUAUGGUGCGCCUGUGAACUCGGUGGAUCUUCGUUCGACUAUGUCAAAUCCGGCAACCGCGUCACUGAUGCAGCAACAGCAGAUGUUACAACCGUACGCUACCGGAAUUCAGGCAAGGAACGACGUCUACUAUCCAGGAUGGUAUCAACGCGUAAGAAGGGUGCGUGGAAAGCCGUUUCCCUAUGCGCAAUCCAGGGGUGGUCCAGGAUUCUACGCCGGUCCGGUUCCUCCAGUGCCGUUCAAGCAGAAAGGCCCACCCGUUGAAGUAAUCUACACGAAGCCACCAGGAUUUCAUCGUGGGCCACCACCUAUCAGCAACCCUCCGGUUCCCUACGAAGACGCUAGUGCUUGGUUCCCUGAAGUUGAUCAUCCACCGUCAACCAAAGAUGUUUACUAUUCUCAGCUAUACGCUCAAUCCUAUGAUCCUUAUUACUACAAUUAUAUCGCCAAAACGGGCAAAAUAAAACCUCAUCUGUACGGCAAAUUAGGUAAGUAUCACGAAGAAGAAGGGGACGGUAUCUGGGGGGAAUUGUAUCGAGGAUUCAAGAAACACGGCCUGAAGAAUAUCAUGACACCAACGUUUCUCUUGGGAAUGACUCUCCCUGUGGUCACUCUGAUGCUCACGGCACUCGUACAGAAAAGGUCUCUGUCCAGGUCGGAUUCGAGAGAAUUGACAAUGGAGAACACGAUCCAGGAUUAUUUAGAGCAAGUUCAGAAAGCCGUGGAAUGUUACGAGAAGAAACGUAGGAAGAGGAACACGAGUGCAGAUGAGUGUUAGAAUUAUGAUUGAUUUUAUUAAUUUAUUGAAUGUGGAUAUCGAAUAGGUAAUGGAUGAAAUGGAAAGGAUAUCUAGAAAUCUUGUACAUAUUUCGUGUAACAUAUUAACGAGGGAUAUGCUCGUAUGAUUGUGUAGAACAGAGAGUGAUUUCUCUUAGAAAUGGUUCUCUGUCGCAGUCGGUGGUUUAUAGCGAGUGAUUAAUUACAUAAAAUCGCGGUAGACCAUCACGAGAUAUCAAUGGGGAGAAGGUGACAGUGAAACGUCUCUCGCGACGAGAGUGGCUAAACGUGAGAAGCAAACUUUCGCGGGUCAAUUACCUACGACCCUAUUCGCAUCCGCGUGGGUGUGCAACUCGCGGAUAGUAAGAUUAAUUACCAAUGAUACCGAGCUACUUUUACUUUUCUAAUAAACUACUCGACCACAAGUGGAUUAGUAGUAGCGGCUUUGAUUAUAAACGAUGCGAUUGGGAAAUACAAAAACGUUGAAACUUUA